ACGUCUGUGUGGAUUUAUUUGCUAAAGUUACGGAGGAGAACAAGGAACACAGUCACAGAAAGGGUUCUACAAUGGUGAAAGUUGGAUUUUCGUGUAUGAGAAGUGCACUUUGUGCCCUAAAUGUGGUUUAUAUGAUGGUGGGCAUUUUACUGAUCGGAGUGGCUGCCUGGAAAAAAGGCUUUGCUUUAGUGGCUAGCAGUAACAUCGUUAGCGGGGUGGUAGCACUGGCCGUCAUCCUGCUCCUGAUCUCCAUGCUGGGACUCGUCGGGACUGUCAGACACCACCAGAUUCUGCUGUUCUUUUACAUGGUCAUUCUGCUGGUAGUCUUUCUUUUCCAGUUCGGCGUGUCCUGCUCCUGUCUGGCCUUCAGUACAGAACAACAGUGCAGUGAUCCUACAGUGCAGCAGUACAGCAUUAUUCUCAUCAUGUGUCUGUAUCAGCGUUGUGAACGUGUCUUGUUCCAGGAGAACGUUCUCCAUAGCUCCUGGGGAACAAUGGACAGUGACGCUAGAAAAAAUCUGGAGCAGCACAUGGAUUGCUGUGGUCUGAUCGACAGUCCUGAGAAGAGAGAGGAGUUCAGCAUGGAUGCCAGUCUCUGCACUGCUGCCUGUAAAGUCAAAGGGAUCUGCUUCAAAUGUGGGGAUCUACUACUGGAGGAUGGUGGUGAAGCUCUGAAGAUCCUGGGUGGUGUUGGACUCUUCUUCAGCUUCUCAGAGCUCCUGGGUGUUUGGCUGGUGCUGCGCUACAGGAACCAGAAAGACCCUCAAACCGGCCCUGAUGCUUUCUAACCACCAUUCCAGACCAGAGCACCAGAACACCUUCACUAUCUGUCCAAAAGUUUGUGUUUCUUCUGAAAUGAAGGUGUUAAUAGUGAGUGUGUUCUGCAGUAACAGCCCCUACUCCCCUAGACUGAUGUUGGAGAUGUUGGAACACUGCUGUGAAGAUUUGAGUGAGCAUUAGUGAGGUCAGCUACUGAUGCUGGAUGGUCAGUUCUGGAUCACUUCAACUCUUCCCAAAGGU